AUGAAUAUGUUGGAUGAUGAAGAUGACCAAAGCUUUCACGCUACGCGUGACGGCUACUCCCAUUUGAGCGAUGUCGAAUGGGAUGCGGUUGAACGAAUGGGUUCGACCAUGGGCAUCCAUGCUGUUAGCGUCAUGCUAGAGGCUCUCAAUAGAGAUGCCCAACAUGCUACUAUCGCCAAGUUCAUUCAAAAUGAACUUGACGCAGAACGCGAGAAAGUAGCCUUGCUUCACCAACAAGGUUCUCAACAAGCAGAGUUGUUGAGAGAACAGGGUGCUCAACAGUUUGAACUGUUGAGACAGCAGCAGGCUGCUGCUGGUGGGUCGAUGCACUCGCGUCGACCCGAAACCUUGAAGAUUGACAUCUCCAAGUAUAGGGGGGUAGAAGAAGACUCCCUCUUGAGAUGGUUCGUCGAAUUGGAUGACGCCAUAAGGGCGCGUCGCAUCGACGACGUGGAUAUGCAAGUUGCAUUUGCCCAGUCAAAUCUGGCAGGACGUGCCAAGACUUGGGCACUGGGGCUCAAGUUGCACGACCCAUAG